AUGGACUCGGACGAAGAACAAGAGUGGGUCCCAUUUAAGAAUAGACCGGAGUGGUCGGACGUGGUUCCGGUUGAGCAAGACGACGGCCCGAACCCGGUCGUCCCCAUAGCCUACAAGGAAGAGUUCACAGAGACCAUGAACUACUUCCGAGCCCUAUACAGAGCCGAUGAGCGAUCUCCUCGUGCCCUUCAGCUCACCACGGAAGCCAUCAAAUUGAACUCAGGAAACUACACUGUUUGGCAUUUCAGGCGUUUAAUACUGAAGACGCUUAGUGCUGAUUUACAGAAUGAACUUGAUUUCACUGAAGAUAUUGCAAAGGCUAACUCAAAAAAUUAUCAGUUAUG